AGGAUGAGGAGAACACUUUUUAAUCUUUUCGCACUUGCUCUGCCCGCUCAAACAGUUGCAGGAUGUCGAUGACAGACUUGCUCAGCGCUGAGGACAUCAAGAAGGCGAUAGGAGCCUUUGCUGCUGCAGACUCCUUCGACCACAAAAAGUUCUUCCAGAUGGUGGGUCUGAAGAAAAAGAGCCCGGAUGACGUGAAGAAGGUGUUCCAUAUUCUGGACAAAGACAAAAGUGGCUUCAUCGAGGAGGAUGAGCUGGGGUCCAUUCUGAAGGGCUUCUCCUCAGAUGCCAGAGACUUGUCUGCUAAAGAAACGAAGACACUGCUGGCCGCCGGAGACAAGGAUGGGGACGGCAAGAUCGGGGUUGAAGAGUUCUCCACUCUGGUGGCUGAAAGCUAAGUGGCGCUGACUGCCUGGGUCUCCCACCUCGCCACCCCCAACGCCCCAUCUCAGCCCUUCUCGCGGCCCUCCUGAGUUUCUGUUCAGUUUGUUUAUGUUAUUUUUUACUCCCCCCAUCCUCUAUGGCCCUUGAAUGACACCGUUCUUCUGGAAAAUGCUGGAGAAACAAUAAAGGCUGUACCAAUCGGACACCGCCUGUAGGGAGGACCCAGGCCUGGUAGGGUGUUGGUUUGGCAAGUUUUUCGAAGGCAGUGGGGGUAGUCUAGAAAAGGUGUGGUAGGUGGGAGGGCUGUGUCCCGAUGUUCCCUCCCUGUUUGAUGCUGAUGCUCACACGGGCCACCUCGUUCAGUCCUUGCACCUAUCCCACAAGGGAGGUGAUGGAACUCCCAUCUUAAAGAUACAGAAACUUCAUGUAAAGAGAGGAAGAGAAGCAUUUGAGCCCAUAUAUGAUUACUUUAUGUACCCGGAUAGUCACCUUCAGGAACCGCUAGAUCAAAGGACUCAAAUGACACUCUAUCAAUUGCUUUUGACUUUGCUGCGAUAAAAACCUAAUGAGGGCAACUUAAGGAAAGAACCAUUGGUUUUGGCUCACUCCGGGGGUGCAGUCCAUCACAGCGGGGAUGUCAAGGAGGCAGGAAUAUAUAGCAGGCCACACUGAAUCACAUCACAUCCACGAGCCGGGAAGCAGAAAGAGAUGAAUGUUGGUGUCCAGCUGGCUUUCUCCUUUUUAUCCAGCCUGGAAGUUCAGCCCACUGGGUGAUGCUGCCCACAUUUAAGGUGGGUCUUCCUACUUCAGGCUAAUCUACACACUUCCUCAUGGGCAUGCCAAU